AUAAAUAUAUAUAUUAAUGAUGCCUGGUGGUGAAAAUUGUCGUACCAGCCCGUUGACUGCCACCAUCAAGACUCGUCGGAGACCAGUGGAUUUUGUCGAAUACGCAGAGGAAAAUGGCAAUGGAAAAGUUGAUUUUACCGCACAAAACCUCCACCAGCUUGGUCAUCAUCAGCAUAGAACUAGAACGGUUUCCCUAAUAAGAUAUAUGAGACCAGGAAGAUAUCUGGGCCGUUGGAUUUUUGGAGCAUUAUUGUUAUUAAUGGUUUCAACCAUGUUUGUGAAGAUUAUGCUGAUACACUUCUUUCUUAGAGUCAAUGCCACGAUGAGUUCCCGUGAUUUCUUGCAACUUCCACGUACUUCUCUUGAAGUACGAGACCUCAUGCAUGCUAAGAAUAGUGAAAUCUGGAUGAACCCUGGAACUGAUAAGUAUUAUAAAUGCAUUGCUCGACCAAUUAAAGAGAUAAGAGACAAAACUAUCAGCAAUGGUUAUAUUCUAGUUCAUGCAAAUGGCGGAUUAAACCAAAUGAGAACCGGGAUAAGCGAUAUGGUAGCGGUAGCAAAACUAAUGAAUGCCAGCUUGGUUGUUCCCUUGUUAGAUCACAAAUCCUUUUGGACAGAUCCUAGUGAAUUCAAAGAUAUAUUUAACAGGAAGCAUUUCAUAAGAGCUUUGGAAGAUGACAUUGAAGUACUGGAGUCUCUUCCUCCAAGUCUUGCAAAUGUGAAACCUCUUAUGAAGGCACCUGUUUCUUGGUCAAAGGCCAGUUACUACAACAGAGAGAUUCUGAAGCUAUUGAAGAGACACAAAGUAAUAGAAUUCACUCAUACUGAUUCACGACUCGCUAACAAUGCCAUCCCAGAUUUUAUCCAAAAACUCCGCUGCCAUGCCAUGUAUGAAGCACUUCGUUUUACUGAGGAAAUUGAACAACUUGGAAAAAAGUUAGUAAACAGACUCUGGGAAAAUGGUGAACCGUAUAUAGCUCUCCAUUUGAGAUAUGAGAAAGAUAUGCUGGCUUUCACAGGCUGCAAUCACAACCUUACCAGAAAGGAAUCUGAGGAUCUUCGAAAAUUAAGGUACAAAACCAAGCACUGGAAAGAGAAAAGGAUAAAUGGAACAGAAAAGCGGCUACAAGGGGGGUGCCCAAUGACACCUCGAGAGGCUGCCUUGUUUCUCGAGGCAAUGGGAUAUCCAUCCAACACUAAAAUCUGCAUAGUUGCAGGAGAGAUUUUUGGCCAAAAUGGAUUGAAGGUUCUUCAAGAAAGGUACCCAAAUAUAUAUUCCCAUUCCAAUUUGGCAACAGAGCAAGAGUUGGAACCUUUUAUGCAAAGGCAUAAUCAGCUUGCUGCACUAGACUAUAUUAUAGCUCUUCACAGUGAUGUUUUCCUCUACACCUAUGACGGGAAUAUGGCCAAAGCUGUUCGUGGUCAUCGUCUAUUUGAAGGCUUUCGGAAAACCAUCAAUCCUGACAAGAAAAAUAUUGUUAGACUUAUUGAUGAAAUGGACAACAAGAAGCUAACUUGGGAAGAAUUUGCGACUCAAGUUAGGGGCUUACAUGUAAACAGGACAGGAGCACCAAAUGCUAGAGUUGUUGGUGAUUCACCAAAAUUGGAGGAAAAUUUCUAUGCAAAUCCUUUCCCUGGUUGUGUUUGUCCAAGACCAGAAGAGAAGAGCAAAUGACUGCUGAGGUAUUAGAAACAAUAGAAGGCAAUAUAAGCCUAAUUGCUUAUAGGCUUCCAAUGGCUAAAUUUUGCAAUCUCAGUCGCAGAUGGAGAAGUCUGAUGAGUAAGUUUCUCCUCCGCCGCACAGAGCCAAAGACCAGUUAACUCGGAGCCAUAUCGGAUUUAUUGUAUAUAUCAUACUCAGCUUGCUGAUUCUUCACUAAUUGAACAUUUAGAACGGGGAAAAUCCAUAAAAAAAUCAAGUACAAUUACUCAAUAGAUAGAUGCUUAUACAAAUCAAGUUUACAUAUAAGCCAUCAGAUUAUUUAA